GCAUUGUGAGUGGGAUCUUGAGCUGCUCUUGGGGGCCGGAGCCCCCCCAGCUAUUCCUAAUGCAGGCUGCACUGAGCUUGCAUGUGCAGAGGAGGGGAGGUCCUGGGGCUGGAGCAGCUGCAGGGGGAUGCAGGCCCUGCAAGGUCUUACGGUGCUUUGAGAACCCCGUUCACAAGCAGAGCAGCUGGGCUGGGGCUGCACGGGAUGGCGUGGGGCUGACCAGGUGAGGGACAGCACAGCACAGGCAGUGUGGGCAGCUCACAGAAGGGCACUUGUUGUCAGUGCAUCUCUUCCCUUAGGAAGCUCAGACACGUGUCAGCAGCUGGAGAAACAUCUGCAGCUGGUGGCUUUAAAGCAGCCCUCCCGCACUUUCCAGGUAUCUCAUCGUCAGUGCAGAGUUUGGUGCAAAGGCUGUCACUAUUAAAAAAGGUGACAUGAGAAUUAGCUGUUGAAGUCGUCAUGUGAGCUGAGAAGGCACAUUAAUAGGAAGUUGGGGGCGCGGGAGGAAAGGAGAAGCGGUGUCACAAGAUGGAAAGGCUUCUUGCUGUAAGACAUGUCAUUAGCAUGCAAACGUGUGCUAAUGAGAAGCUUGUGAUUUGAAUCUAAAAGGCAGGAGUAGAAGAGGGAGAGGCUGCGGGCUGUGAGGGGGCUGCUGCAGCCUUUCCAGGGAUAGGUCCCAUGUUGCUUUUGGCUUUUUCUCCAGGAAAGGAACAUGACUGUGUCUCCAGAGCUUUUGGAACCCCAGCAGGUCCCCAGUGCAGUGUUGCUGGUGCAUUGUGGCACUGAGCGCUCAGUAAUUCAUCUGGCACCUGGGAAAAGGCACAUUUAGACAUAGCCUCUGCUCACUGUCCUUUCUGCCCUGUGGUGGAACAACCCCAUCUGAGCAGAAAAUAUUCUGAUAUUUUCAAUGUUUCUGUGCCACAGUGCCUCUGUUUUACUCUGAAGGUAAAACCCUUCUCACUGCUUCCUCCCCAGAUCUCUGUGCUGGCUUCAGGACAGGCGUCAGCUCUCACCUGGAAAGCUGGGCCUGAAUAAUCGAUGGCUUUAGGCCAAGGAGAGCCAGGGAUGUCCUUGUCACCGUGGGGAGCAGGGCUGAGCAUCUCACAGGGUGAGCCUAAAGCGCUCUGAAGUUGCCGGGGCUGCCUAAGUGCAAAGUGCUGUUUGAGUGGAGAGUGGUGACACUCUGCCACCGAGAAGGCGGCAGCCCCGCGCAUCAGGCGAUCUAUUAUUUAGCACUCACAGAUGUCUGGAACUUUUCUCAGUUUGAGAUGGGCCCCUCGCUCGUGGCAGCGAAGGGCAGCACUGGCUGUGGUUGAUCUGAAGUGACACAUCCUCGGCUCCUUCUGCAGGGCCGCAGGGAGUGGCUGGUGGGGACCUGACAGCCCCAGCUCCCUCCCUCCUUCCUUCCUUCUCUCCCUCCCCAAGGGCUGCAGCUCAGGAGCUGCUCGCACACAGACCCAGGGUUGUGGUUGCAGCAGUGUGGGGCAGCUCCUGCCAUUGUCCCAGCGUGUGGUGGCUGCCUCUUCCUGUGGUUCUGGGCACAGUCCUGGGGCUUUUUCCCUCGGGCAGCUCUGACUGCAGCCUCCUGGUUUUGAGUGAGACUUGCUGUAAUAAAACAGGUCUGACUCGGGUUCCAGUGGAAGCAGAGCUGCUGAGGCAGCAGCUGAUCCAGUAACAAAUGCAGUUGUUUGGAGACCAAAAAUCUCUAAACGUGAGUAUUUUGGAGAGAAUGAGUUUAUCCUGGUGCAGUAGCUGUGGAUCACAGUGGGGUGAAAAUCCGGGAACAGCAGCCCCCUGCUUUGGCACCUUUCUCCCUGUUUGUCUCAGGCGUGUGCUCAGCUGCUCGCUUCGUUAGCACAGCAGCCUCCUUGUGCACUGCUGACGGAAGGGAAACGUUUUCACACAAUGGCUGGCACGGCUGCCUGAAAACAGGCGUCAGCCUCGGCACCCCGACCCGCUCACGUGGUGGCUGUGCACCCAGCACUGCCAGGACCUGCGCCAAUGGUGGCUGAUCCCUGCCAUAAAGCUGAGCCGUGGGGCUGUUGGCGACCAGUUUCUGUCUCCCUGCAGUGGGCAGAAGGGAUGGGGGGUCCCUGUGCUGGGGCAGGGGGCAGGGUGCAAACCCUGAGUGAGCUCUCUCGUGCUUUGUGCUAACCUAAAAGGCAGCGUGUCACGGUUCAGCCUGGUUUCUGUGACAUGAUGUGGGAUAGCAGUGGAAAACUGUGAAACCAUGACAUGAUGUUAGCCUUUUCCAGUAGGAACGGUGUAAAACAGACAGCAUCCAGCUGAGCUGGUAACAGGAUUGUGUGCCUGGAGGAAAGGUAUCAUGUGCACGUUUCCUUUCUGUGCCUGCCUGCCUGCAGCUGACAGCACUGCUGAGAACAGGAGGGUGACACCCCCGGGCGUAAGGCUGUGGCAUUGCUCCCCCAGGCUUCCCGUGUUGUCUCUCCAUAGGUGAUGUUGUGGCUCUGCAGAUGUGGCCCUGACUGACGUAGGCCCCAAGUUACUUGGGCCAAGGAUGAGCAAGCCGACAGACCUGCAGCACGACCUGGAACGGAGCCUCCCAGCCAUUGCGUCCAUCAGCACCUCGCUUUCCCAGAGCCAGGGCUUCUCCCCAUACUGCUACUUCUCUCCAGAGAAGAGGAAAGCCAUCUCGGAUGUGAGGAGGACCUUCUGUCUCUUUGUCACCUUCGAUCUGCUCUUCAUCUCUUUGUUGUGGAUAAUCGAAUUGAAUACCAAGGAUGGCAUUCAGAAGAACCUGAAGAAUGAAAUCUUCGAGUACAAUUUUAAGACCUCUUUCUUUGACAUUUUUGUCUUGGCUUUCUUCCGAUUUUUUGUGUUGCUGCUGGCCUAUGCGGUUGUAAGGCUGCGCCACUGGUGGGUCAUAGCGGUCACUACGUUGAUAUCCAGUGCCUUCCUGAUCGUGAAGGUCAUCCUCUCCGAGCUUCUCACCAAAGGGGCGUUCGGCUACUUACUUCCCAUCGUCUCGUUUGUCAUUGCUUGGUUAGAGACUUGGUUCCUGGAUUUUAAAGUCCUCACUCAGGAAGCAGAAGAGGAACGAUGGUACCUGGCAGCCCAGGCUGCAGCUGCCCGGGGGCCCCUGCUGUACCCUGGAGCCCUUUCCGAUGGGCAGUUCUACUCCCCGCCGGAGUCCUUUGCAGGGUCGGACAACGAGUCGGAUGAGGAAGGUCCGGGAAGGAAGGCGCUGACAGCUCAGGAGAAAGAAUAUGUCCGACAAGGCAAAGAAGCUAUGGAAGUUGUGGACCAAAUCCUUGCCCAGGAGGAGAACUGGAAGUUUGAGAAAAACAAUGACUUUGGUGAUGUUGUUUACACUUUUGAAAUACCUUUCCAUGGCAAGACCUUUAUUUUAAAGGCUUUCCUGCAGUGCUCUGCUGAAACGGUUUACCAGGAGGUUAUUCUCCAGCCCGAGAAGAUGAUCCUGUGGAACAGAACGGUGGCAGCUUGCCAGAUCCUGCAGCGGGUUGAAGACAACACGAUCGUUUCAUACGACGUGGCAGCUGGGGCUGCAGGCGGUGUCAUUUCCCCCAGGGAUUUUGUGAACGUGCGGCGGAUCGAGAGAAGAAGAGACAGGUACGUUUCCUCAGGGAUGUCGACCACGCACAGCCUGAAGCCUCCACUCUCCAAGUAUGUCAGGGGCGAGAACGGACCUGGAGGAUUCAUCGUAUUGAAGUGCCCCAGCAACCCCCGGGUCUGCACUUUUAUCUGGAUUCUAAACACGGACCUGAAGGGUCGCCUGCCCCGGUACCUCAUCCACCAGAGCCUGGCAGCCACCAUGUUUGAGUUUGCCUUCCACCUGCGGCAGCGGAUCAGCGAGCUCUGCAGCAAGCCCUGAGCGCCGAGCUCUGCCCCUGCUGGACUGGAUGUGGGUGGGCAGGGGGGGCUGCUCCUCUCCUUCCCCACCGAACCGGAGCCCUGGAGCUGCCGUGUGGUGUGUGCCAAACCCCUGUCCUGCUCUGCCCUGCGGCUGGGAUCUGCCCUGUGUUUGGUCUCCCCCCACAUUGAGUCUGGGGGCUUAUUGACACCCCCACGCUGCUGUGCCGAGGGUGAGGGAUUCAGAGGAGAAAGCCACUCAGGGUGAGCACACAGUUCUGUCCACUGUCAUGUGCCACUCACACAUGGGGACAAAGCACAGCUCCUGUGUGGCUCGUGGGCGCCUUCCCCUGCGUGGGGACCCUCGGGGCACUCCCCUGCGGCUGCCCACCCUGUGGGAUGCUCCUGAGCUCGUUUAGCUCCCCAGCGUGCAGCCCUGCGGGGUGUGGGAUCAGAGCCUUCCGCCUUCCCCAGGGGCUGUGGGGGCAGCACAGCUUCGUGCUACCUGCACUGCUGCCACGUUCUGCUCUGUCACGGGAAGCAGCGUGGAGCUGCCCAUGCGUGGGCGCCCACAGCGGCAGCGUAGGUGGGGGGAGUGCCCGUGGAACCCCCCAGGGGCUGGACCUGGGGUCUCUGCCCCUCUGCCAGUGCCUGUCCCGAUGCCCCUGUUGGUACUGGGGGGCACCUCCGGCUGGCAUCUGUCAAAAUAAAGAGCCUUGCACUAUUUGCA